UUAGGGGAAGUUCAUUUUGGGGAAGGCAGGUGAUCUGGCUUAAUCCCCCUGGAUGUUGCAUUAUGGAGGUGUCUCAAUGAGGGAAGGUGAUCUUAGUCCUUGAGUUGGGAAGACCCUGAUGUGGAGCUGUGCCUCCUUGCCUCUUGGUCACCUCAUGGAAGAUCCAUUCCCUCUGUGGAAUUUUUAAACAUCUUUUAUUAGUGGAAUCAUUUUCUCCAUGAUGAAGUCGGCAACUUAAUUUAAUCCAGCGUUUGUGGGGUUCUGAUUCAUCCCCUGUGGUUCAUAAAGCUUGAGAUCUAAGGGGUACAGGGUCUUUUGCGAUGACAAUAUGACUAAUAGUAAAGGAAGAUCCAUUACUAAGAAAACAAGUGGUGGUCCAAGCAGCGGAGGAGGUUUUGCAGACUGGACUUUUCAUUUAAAUACAGUUCAAUCUGAUAAGUUUCUGAACUUACUGUUGAGUAUGGUUCCAGUAAUUUACCAAAAAAACCAAGAAGACAGGCACAAAAAAGCAAAUGGCAUCUGGCAAGAUGGAUUAUCCACUGCAGUGCAGACAUUCAGUAACAGAUCCGAGCAGCACAUGGAGUAUCACAGCUUUUCAGAGCAGUCUUUCCAUGGCAAUAAUGGGCACACGCCAUCUAGCUGUAGCCCCAAGUAUGACGACUAUGCCAACUACAAUUACUGUGACGGACGGGAGGCUUCAGAAACCACGGCCAUGUUACAAGAUGAGGAUGCGUCUAGCGAUGGCGAGGAAGACGCUAUUGUGGAGACUAGCCAAAAAUUACCGAAGGAAUCCAGUGGCAUCAUGGCAUUGCAAAUACUGGUGCCAUUUUUGCUAGCUGGUUUUGGAACCGUCUCAGCAGGCAUGGUUUUGGAUAUAGUACAGCACUGGGAGGUAUUCAAAAAAGUAACAGAAGUUUUCAUUUUAGUUCCUGCACUUCUUGGUCUCAAAGGGAACUUGGAGAUGACAUUGGCAUCCAGAUUAUCCACUGCAGUAAAUAUUGGGAAGAUGGAUUCACCCAUUGAAAAGUGGAACCUAAUAAUUGGCAACUUGGCUUUAAAGCAGGUCCAGGCAACAGUUGUCGGUUUUCUAGCAGCUGUUUCAGCAAUUAUAUUGGGUUGGAUUCCAGAGGGGAAAUACUACCUUGAUCAUUCCAUACUGUUGUGCUCUAGCAGUGUGGCAACUGCAUUCAUUGCAUCUCUCCUACAGGGAAUAAUAAUGGUUGGGGUUAUCGUUGGCUCAAAGAAGACUGGUAUCAACCCUGACAAUGUUGCCACACCCAUUGCUGCUAGUUUUGGCGACCUCAUAACUCUUGCUAUACUAGCUUGGAUAAGUCAGGGUUUGUACUCCUCUCUUGAGUCCUAUUACUACAUUUCUCCAUUAGUUGGUGUCUUUUUCUUGGCUCUCACCCCUAUUUGGAUUAUAGUAGCUGCCAAACAUCCAGCCACAAGGACAGUUCUCCACUCAGGAUGGGAGCCAGUCAUAACCGCUAUGAUCAUAAGUAGCAUUGGGGGCCUUAUUCUGGACACAACUGUAUCUGAUCCAAACUUGGUUGGGAUUGUUGUUUACACACCAGUUAUUAAUGGUAUUGGUGGUAAUUUGGUGGCCAUUCAGGCUAGCAGGAUUUCUACCUACCUCCAUUUACAUAGCAUUCCAGGAGAGCUGCCUGAUGAACCAAAAGGUUGUUAUUACCCCUUCAGAACUUUUUUUGGUCCAGGAGUAAAUAAUAAGUCUGCCCAAGUUCUGCUGCUUUUAGUGAUUCCUGGACAUUUAAUUUUCCUCUACACGAUUCAUUUGAUGAAAAGUGGUCAUACUUCUUUAACUGUGAUCUUCGUAGUAGUGUACCUCUUUGCUGCUGUGUUACAGGUAUUUACCUUGCUGUGGAUUGCCGACUGGAUGGUCCAUCACUUCUGGAGGAAAGGAAAGGACCCAGAUAGUUUCUCCAUUCCCUAUCUAACGGCACUGGGUGAUCUACUCGGGACAGCUCUGUUGGCCUUGAGUUUUCAUUUUCUUUGGCUUAUUGGAGAUAGAGAUGGAGACGUUGGAGACUAAUAAAUCCUGCCUACUGCUCUUGAGAUGCCACAGAGGAAGACACAAGACAACCACUUACGGCUCUUUUCCAAAACUUUUAAAUCAGUAGUUUGACUUUAGCCAGGGUGAUCUUCAGUUGGCCCUGAUUCAAUUAAAUGGCCUUAACAUUUUUUUAAGGAAUUUGUGUUGAAACCACAAUGGACAGUAUGUGCUGCUUUUCAUAGAAUAAAUGAUAGUUUGACAUAGACAUAGCUACAAGCUCCAGCUCUGGAAUUAAAUAGGAGAAAAAAUAAGAUGUUUACAAUGAAUAAUUUUGAAACCACAAACAUAGCAGAAGUGUACUUGAUCAUUGUUUAACUUGUAAGGUAAGGUUAGAAGAAACAGAGCUCGAUGUUAGCCUUGCCUCACCUUUUAUUAUACUGCCAAUUAUACUAUAAAAUGAAUCAUGCCAACCAAGCUUUUAGUAGUAUAAACUAUGUCCACCUCUCUGUUAGCUGAGGAUAACUGUACCAAUUACUUAUUCCUGUAAUGACUGAAAUAUGUCCUGCUGAGCAUAAGUUAAAUGCACUUUUACCUGCACCUAAAAUUACCUUGUGCUAAUACCAAUUCAGUUUCAACUCUGCAAAUUCUUGGAAAGCUACCCUUCAAACAUAAAAUGAUCAGGAAAGAUGUUUAGUGAAAGCAGUGGGCCAUUUUUGAUUAUGGAUAUGUUGAGGAGGUGAUCUUUCUCAGCAAACUUACUAGUCAAAACAGAAGAUCCCUUGAGCUGCAUUUGUAGAGACAAGUUAGGUACAAGAAAGUAUGUGAAUUAUGUGUGUGUGAGAGAGAGACAGAAAGGGACAAAGAAACAGAGUCGCCUUCGAUGGGGAACUAAAUCUUGGAAUUGUUGGUAGUGGAGCGCUACUGGAAUAUCAGCAUUAUAGCGUUGUCCUUAAACAGUUUAUUGAUAUGCCUUGGUCAUUUGGUCCUAAAGUUUUACAAUGGACAAGAACUUAGUGCUUGUUAUCUAUAUUAUAAUGGAUAGUUUCUUAUUUUUAAAAAGGUGGUACUAUUUAAUAUGAUCAAAGUGUAAGAUUUAUAGUGAGCAAGUGAUUCAUUUGCUCUUUUAAAGAAUAUGAUACCCUUUUAAAAGAGCAAUUGGUGAGUUACCUCAACUCUUGUUCAUGCCUAUACAUAUCAUCUGUUUGCACCGGCUUAUUUCUACAUGGGACCAUACCAUGUACACAGCUCUAUUUCUCAAAUAUUUUUCUAAAAUUCUGGUCUGUAUUCUAAACGCUUGACCAACACCUUAGCUAUUGAACAGGUAGGCAUUUUUACAUCACUUAUAGUUCAUUUUUUAAAACAUAGUGCAAUAUCUCAAGACCAUUAGAUAUUUAAUAAUUUAAAUGAUAAGAGAAUAAAAAUGUAAGUUACCUUUGAUCAUCAUGGUCUAAGUUGGGAGUUAGUGUUAUGUAAAUAGUAGGUUGUUUAUAAAUAUACUGGGGGAAGUAUUCUUAUUAAGCUCUUUAAAAUAAGAGGACUGUGGUUUAGAGUUAUAUAUUUUUGCUUAUUUUUAAACUUUAUUCCAUUCUUCUGCCUUACGAGGCUUUCAAGGCAGAGAACUGAACUAAUUAUAGAAUUUCUCCUUUGGAGAGUUAUAAUGUCAUAUAGUGAACAUUCUUGUAAAAGAAAGAAAGCUUAAGUUGUUGAAUAUUUAGCUGCAAAGAUUUUUUUUAUUUAAAAAAAUCCAUGAAUACUAUCUUUGAUUUUAUUGCAAAGCAUUUGUAAAUUACUUAUUUACAUUUGGACUAUGUAAUUCAUAAGCAUUUACAUU